GUAAAGCGCGCCCGCUGAAGAAGAGGAAGCGACUCGCGCGGCUUCAGAGGAACACGUUCUCCGUACGCUUGCAGCGCCGCGAACAAUAGAAGGUUAAAGCUGUAUUUCUACCGACAUGUCUGGUGGUGGUGUGAUCCGCGGCCCUGCUGGGAGCAAUGACUGCCGCAUUUAUGUGGGGAAUUUGCCUCCUGAUAUCCGCACUAAAGAUGUCGAAGACGUGUUUUACAAGUAUGGGGCUAUUCGCGAUAUCGAUCUAAAAAACAGACGAGGUGGACCUCCAUUUGCCUUUGUCGAGUUUGAAGACCCCAGGGAUGCAGAAGAUGCCGUUUAUGCUCGGGAUGGCUAUGACUAUGAUGGUUAUCGGCUUCGAGUGGAGUUCCCCAGGAGUGGACGGGGUAUGGGGAGAGGAGGUGGAGGUGGCGGCAGCGAAAGAGGAGGAGGUGGUGGCGGCGGAGGAGGAGGAGGAGGAGGAGGCGGCGGAGGAGGAGGUGGUGGUGGUUUUGGAGGUGGUGCUCCAAGGGGUAGAUACGGACCCCCAUCCAGACGUUCUGAGUACAGAGUAAUAGUUUCAGGUCUUCCACCAAGCGGUAGCUGGCAGGACUUGAAGGAUCACAUGCGUGAAGCAGGUGAUGUAUGUUAUGCUGACGUUUUCCGAGAUGGAACUGGCGUGGUGGAGUUUGUUCGUAAAGAAGACAUGACCUACGCUGUUCGAAAACUGGAUAACACAAAAUUCCGAUCGCAUGAGGGAGAAACUGCAUACAUUCGUGUGAAGGUGGAUGGUCCUCGCAGUCCAAGCUAUGGAAGAUCAAGGUCCAGAAGUCGCAGUCGCAGCAGGAGUCGCAGCCGCAGCAACAACCGUAGCCGUAGCUACUCCCCACGGCGCAGCCGAGGAUCCCCGCAGUACUCUCCUCGCCAUAGCCGUUCUCGGUCUCGAUCCUAAACCGCUCCAGUGUCACCUGUCUGGUCAACUUUUUGGUGGAGCUGUUGACCCAUUUGUUUUUACAGUCUUUACACAUCACAACAAAUGCUUUGUUUUCCCCCUUUAUUCAUGAGGCAUAUGUAUUGAAUGUUGUCUUCCCCCUCCUUUUCUGGUCAUCCCCUUUUCCCCCCACUCUUGUUCUUGUUUUUUUACUUUUUAAUCAUGCAUUUUUAACUGAGUUGUCCCAUCCAUCUUUUUUUCGUUUUUAAUAUGAAGUAGAAGUCUUUCAUAGACCAACCAAUGGGUUAUGUAAUGGCCCCCAAUAUUUUUGUAAACGUCAUGUAUGAAUUUUCAUGGGGUAGCGGGUUCCACAGUAAUUGUAUUUUAUGCUGUCUUCCUCUAGACAUGAUACCAAACUAAUGCUUUGUAAUAAAGGGUUAUUGAAUCCAUA